AAUAAAUCAAAGAAGAUUUGCUCUACUUUAUGUUGGCUAUAUCAGAGGGCAGGAAACGUUUCUAGCAUUGAACUCUGCAUAUUAGACUACACAACUAACGCUACUUCCGUGACGGACGUUUAUGCAUGCAUCCGCUUCAAAACGGAAGUAGACAUCAACCUAUAAUAAGGCGCAGUGCAAGGCAAACGCAUCAGUCUCUCUGCAGCCUCUUCCACUAACGGAGCAUCAUGUCAGUCAUCCAACAGGAGCGUAUUCUUUUCAGUGUCGUUCUGCUGACCUACGUGGCUGUUUUGUGCAGUUCAAAGCCACAGUUGCAAGUCUGCAUGCCUCUCGAUGACUACCAAACACUGUGCAGCGGUGCAACCCCUGUCAGUCCACCGAGACAAAGGGCCCUACUGGGUUCAAACCACUCAAAUCCCGGAGAAUCAUGCCGACAAAUCAAGCAACUAGGAUUCGACCGUGGCAGCAAAGUGUACUAUGUCAAUCCACUGGGUCAGGGAACAUUUCCUGUGUAUUGUGAUAUGACAACAUUAGGAGGAGGAUGGACUCUAGUGCUGAAUCAGAUUGGAGAUAAGAGUAGAUAUCAUACACUUACUGAUGCUCAUUGCUCCAUCCUUGAUAGUUUGAACAAAGAAGGAAAGCAAUGCAACCUGAAUAGACUCUUCCGCUGUGCUACAGAGAUCCGCUAUACUGAUGACAAACUUACUACCUUCCUACAUGCCAAACUCAAUGGAGCUGAAUAUUGGACUGCCAUUCACAAAACGUCAUCUGUUCCAGUAGCAGUGCAGUAUGUCAGUGGAGCUCUUGCUGGACCUACAAGAUACAUUGAAGUCAGAGAUUUCUUUCACUGGGGACACAGAAACAAUUAUCCUGUCCAUAAUAGAAUACGAACUGGAAUCAGCAGCUAUCCUGGAUGUAAACACGUCUGUUGGGAAGAUGUGAGGUCGUCUUUAAAAGAUCGUCCAUUUACUGGAGAUCAUUGUCCAUCUGCUACUUCACCAUCCUUUUGCCCUGCGUUUGAUCCUACAUACAAGUUCCCUUCAACAGCAACAAGACGCGGAUCUGCAAUCUACAGAAAGUGGAUUCGAUGACUGCAAUAUAUUAUGACUGUUCCAUGUUGCUACACGGCUAGCUUAGCUACUAAUGUGUACUAGCAGUACAUUUUAGUGAGGCUUCAAUUGCUGUUGUCCACUGUCUUAGUCGUGCUGUUGUCAGGUUUCAAUUAGUUGAGCUGUUGUCAAAUGUCUGCUAGUUAAUUGUGCUGCACCUGUUGUCAGGUGUUUGUUAGUUAAUUGUGCAGUAGGUCAAUAAACUACAAUUUAAUGGAA